UUUGAGCGUUCGGUUAAUCCUUCGUCAACCAACCUCUUUCCACCAGAACUCGACGUUGCAGUCUCCGCCCAAUUCGCGGUUAAAUCGAUUGUUUCUCUUGUUCAGAUAAUAAUCACAAACGGUAUUCCUUUCAAAAUGAAGUACCUCGCUGCCUACCUCCUCGUCGCCCUUGCCGGCAACGAGGCCCCCUCCUCCGCCGAUAUCAAGGCUGUCCUCUCCUCCGUCGGUAUCGACGCUGAGGGUGACCGUCUCGAGAAGGUCAUCUCCGAGCUCCAGGGCAAGGACCUCCAGGAGCUGAUCGCUGAGGGCUCUACCAAGCUCGCUUCCGUUCCCUCCGGCGGUGCUGGUGCCGCUGCCGCCCCUGCCGCUGCCGCUGCCGGUGGUGCCGCCGCUCCCGCUGAGGAGAAGGUCGAGGAGAAGGAGGAGGAGUCCGAUGAGGACAUGGGCUUCGGUCUCUUCGAUUAA